AUGUCAUCUGAAGGUGCGUCGUAUGGUGAACAGCUGUUGGAAGCCUCUCGUAGAAAUAAUGUGGACCUGUUGAAUGACAUCUUAGAGAGUGUUAAAAAUGAUCCUGUUAAGAUUGCAGAGAUCGUCAACUUUUCCAAGGAUCCUUUUGGAAACACAGCGCUCCAUCUAUGCUGCAAAUCGGGAUCCUGGGAAGUCCUGGACAUCCUAUUAGACCAGGGUGAUAUAGAAAUAGAUCCUCAGAACAAACUAGAUGGUGAUACACCACUUCAUUUCACUGUGAGAUAUGCUCAAGAUGAACCUGAGCACGGGACGUUUAUAGCCCGGAAUCUAAUAGAAGUGGGCGCCGAUCCUAGGCUGAGGAAUAAGCACAAUCAAAAGCCCAUUGACUUGAUUCAUAGCGAGGACCUCGAUGAGCUCACUGAUCUUUUACAAGGUGCGGAACUGGCGAUAGAUAUGGGAGGACAUCAAGCGGAAGAAGAUGAAGACAUUAUAGAUGACGGAUCGGAUGAUGAAGACGUCGACUUAGAUUCAAGAAAUUAG